GAUCACUGCCCUGCCCACUUUCAGCUGCCACUAUGCCAGAAAAUCAACCCUUUGAUCUGCAGGAAGUGAACAGUCAGCUGAGACAUGGAGUUACACGCUGAACCAGAGAACUGAACUAAGCUGCUGUUUUCACUCUUAUUGACCGAACAAGUACCGGACUUAAUGGCUAUGGACGUAAGUUUUACUAUCCUGGCUUGUUGCCUUUUGGCCCUUUCUUUCAAUGUGGCACAAACAAAAAAUGGAACUAGCACUCCUCCAACAACCUCCAGCUUAACUAUGAAAGAAGUCAUUACAACGCCAACCUCAUCUAACUCUACUUCACCUGUAACUAUUAUCUCAAACUUGACUGAGGAGACAACACAAUAUAACAGCACAAAGCUGGAUAAUCAAACAUUUGUUAACACCACCGCAGCCACAACUGAGAGCACAAGUAACCACCAGACGUCUCAGUCAGCAACCACCCUGACUCCUCUAAUAGACAGUACAUUACUGAAGACAACCUCUAACACUCAGAUGCCAACAUUUACUGCCUCAACAACAGCAACAAUCCAGACCACAGUAGGUCACUUAAGCACAGCUGGUACUCCUGUAAUUACAAGUGAAAAUUCAUCUCAUGCUGUCAUAACAACCUCAGAUUCAGUGAACAGAACCACACAAGGUGUGGUCCUCAACAUGUCUGAAAGGAGUAUGACUAUUGUUUUCAGCACUGUACUUGGAGCACUAUCUGUGUUGCUGGCUUUUUUUAUGUUCCACAAAUGCAAACAGAAAAUACAAUACUUGCACCAACCUCUCAAUAAUGCUGAUUACACAGAUGCAUUUGUGGCAGAUGAUGACACACUAGUAAUUUCUGGAGGACUUUAUGAUGGCCAUCCAAUCUACGAUAAUGUACCAACAGCUCCUGCAGACCAGUCUCAACUCCGCCUCGAGUUCCUCCAUUAAAGACACAUAAUUCCUAUAGUCUGAAAUCUCCUGUUUGGUGCUUGAUAGGCAUGUACGAUUUCACCCCUGUAAAAUUUAUGUUCUUCAUGAGAGAAAAAUGUUGCUUAGUAAAGGAAAAUGAUAUUGGUCAGACAAACAAGUAUUCAAACAAGUGCAAUGCAGAUUUUUUUUUUAAUAAACAUUGCUUUUACUUGCUUAACUGUCAACACUAGGAUACAUAAAUAUAUUAACAUAGUAAUAUGUAACAACUGCAACUCUUCCAACACCAGAAAUAUAACCUUUUUACAGAAUCAAUUAGGUUUCAUGUGAACAUUAAAUAUGAAUUAGUCUAAACAUCAGCACUACAACAAAGUAAUAAUAUAGUGACUCUGUGGUCACUUAAAAUCUACCUUUAAACACCAAAAUCUUCCUGUUAACAAUAUGUUUUAGCUGAACAACAGAAAUAUUUUCCAUGCAUGUUAAGAAAAAAAAUGCCUUCUCAACAGAACUAUCUAUGCAUGUCAAGCCACC